AUGGGUGACAAUUACUACAAUGGCGGCCCGCCGCCUCAGCAGUACAACAAUGGUCAACAACAGUAUGGUCAACCUCAGUACAACCAGCAGCAAUACAAUCAGGGUCAAUGGCAGCAGCAGCAGCAGCCGCCUCCGCCCCAGCAGAAUCAUGGAGGCUACGACGGCGGCUACGACCAGGGCGGCAACAACUACGGGCCCCCUCCCGCCUAUAGCUACAACCCUCCGAAGCCUAAUGAUGAAAAGUACGGUUUCGAUCAGGCUUUCAAGAUUGAAAAGCCCAAGUACAACGACUUGUGGGCUGGUAUUCUCUUCCUCCUUGUAUUUGCCGGCUAUGUCGCUGUCUCUGUGAUUGCUCUUCGCGGCUACGUCAGUGGGCAACCUGGCAAUGGCAUCGACAAUGGCAAUUCGUUCUCGCUCAACUCCAACACCCUGAUUCUCUUUGCCAUCACUCUCGGUUGCGCUUUUAUUCUCUCGAUUGGCUAUCUCGGUCUGGCACGCACCUUUCCCAAAGCUUUCAUCUGGGUGACUGGUAUUCUCAACUUGGUGUUUGCAUUUGGAACUGCCAUCUACUAUUUGUACAAAAAGUACUGGUCUGCCGGCAUCGUCUUCCUUGUCUUCGCCCUCUUCACCGCCUUUGCUUUUUGGACGUGGAUUCCUCGAAUUCCCUUUUCAGCUCUCAUGCUUCGCACCAGCAUCGACGUCAGCAAGAGGUACGGCCAUGUAUUCAUCGUCAGCUUCGUCGGCGGUCUUCUGGCUACAGCGCUCGCCGCCUGGUUCUCCGCCACCAUGGUCGGUAUCUACGUUCGAUGGGAACCCUCGGCCAACAAUCCUCACUGCGGCCCCAACGGCUCCAACUGCAGCAGCAGCACCGUCAUUGGCUUGGUUGCCUUCAUAACAUUCGCCAUGUACUGGAUUACAGAGUGGCUCAAAAAUACCAUCCACACAAUCAUUUGUGGCGUCUACGGUGCCUGGUAUUUCGCCGUUCAUAACUUCCCCAAGGACGCCACUCGCAGCUCCACCAAACGUGCCCUGACCUACAGCUUCGGGUCCAUUGCGUUGGGCAGUCUGAUUGUUGCUAUCAUUCAAUUCCUCCGCCAGCUCUGCUCAGUUGCUAGACAACAGUCUGGCCAAGAUGGUGGCAUCGGCGGCUUCAUUGGCAUGGCUUUCUUCUGUGUUCUCCAGUGCCUUCUGGGCAUCAUUGAGUGGGCUGUGGAAUUCAUUAACCGAUAUGCCUAUGCUCACAUUGCCUUGUACGGAAAGAAGUACAUUGCUGCUGCCAAGGAUACAUGGAAGAUGAUCAAAGACCGCGGUAUCGAUGCCCUCGUCAACGAAUGUCUCAUUGGUCCCGUUCUGUCCUUUGGUGCCAUGUUCGUCGGCUACGCUUGCGCUCUGCUCGCAUAUGUUUACCUCGAGAUCACCAAGCCAGCCUACAACAACGGAGGCGGCUUCACCGUUGUUAUUGUGGCCUUUGCUUUCCUUAUUGGUUUCCAGAUUGCCAACAUCUUCACCACGCCAAUCUCCAGCGGUAUUGAGACCAUCUUUGUCGCUGCCGGCUGGGACCCCCAGGUCAUGGUCCGCGACCACCCCGAGUUGUACCAAGAGAUGGUCCGUUUGUACCCUCGCGUCCAGCAAGUCAUCUACGACCGGUAA